AUGCUCCGUUUACCUACGGUACUCCGUCAGAUAAGGCCUGUGUCCAGAGCCCUCGCCCCGCAUCUAACACGAGCAUAUGCCAAAGAUGUGAAGUUUGGAGCAGACGCUAGAGCUCUUAUGCUUCAAGGAGUAGAUCUUCUAGCAGAUGCUGUAGCUGUCACCAUGGGGCCAAAGGGAAGAACAGUCAUCAUUGAACAAAGCUGGGGGAGCCCCAAAGUGACAAAAGAUGGUGUGACAGUAGCAAAGGCAAUUGACUUAAAAGACAAGUACAAAAACAUUGGAGCCAGGUUAGUUCAAGACGUUGCCAACAACACGAAUGAAGAAGCGGGAGAUGGUACCACCACUGCCACAGUGCUGGCGCGUGCGAUUGCCAAGGAAGGCUUCGAGAAGAUCAGCAAAGGAGCUAAUCCAGUAGAAAUAAGGAGAGGGGUGAUGCUUGCUGUCGAUGCUAUCACAGCUGAACUGAAGAAGCUGUCUAAGCCUGUUACAACUCCAGAAGAAAUUGCACAG